AUGGCUAAUUGGAAUGAAAUCCCUAGAGACAUAUGGCGUUUGAUUCUACAAAAGGUGGUUACAGUAAUCACUGAUCACAUACCCUUUUGCGGCGUCUGCAGAUUAUGGAGGUCAAUAGGACUUGAAUACAGAAGAAGUAAAUUCCCUGCUAAUGUCCCAGGUCUAAUGAUACCCGGCGGGCCCACCACCGCCACCCGAACCCGCCGCUUCCUAGCUUUUCCCGUGGGUAAGGAUAUAACCCAGUUAGACGACCAUGAUUUGCCAGUCCUAUCUGUCCCUCAAGAGAGUCUUUGUCGCGGGUCACACCGUGGUUGGCUUGUUAUUGUGGAAAAAAACAUGACCAUGUAUAUCUAUAACCCAAUCUCGGGUGUCCGGAUCAGCCUCCCUCCCGUGACUACCCUCCCGAAGCUGAAACGAAGAAAUACCCGUAUGUCUAAGUGGUAUGUAAAGAAAGCAAUUCUAUCCGCAAUUCCAUUGUCUUCGUCCUCGGUGAAUUGCUUUGUUUUGGUUUUCUAUGGAUUUUAUGAGAUGGCUUAUUGUAAGGUUGGAGAUGUAGUUUGGACAGCGAUUGAGGGGCCGAAGCGAUGGAGAUACAUAGAUGCUAUAUUCUAUAAGGAAGUAUUUUAUAUAAUGGAUUACUAUGGAGGAAUUUGUAUUUUGGACGUGAAUUUACCUCACCCAAAAGUGACUGAACUCGGCAUAUCCCCUCCACGGUUGCUUCCUUAUGUGCAAAAGUGGUACUUGGUGGAGUUUGGCGGAGAAUUACUUCAAAUUUUGAGAGAAAUUCUAAUCUAUUUCGCUGAAUCUGACAAAGAGGAUACUGAUGAAGGCCAACAAAAUAAUGCUAAUGAAGAUGAUGAGUUUGAUUAUGACCACAAUUUUGAUAGAAAUACCGGCGACAUUAUCGAUCAAACCACCGACUUUCAAGUAUUCAAGCUAGACAUGAGCAGUGGUUUAGAGCCAAAGUGGAUUGAUGUAAAAGAUCUAGAAGGUGGGGCAGUAUUCGUAGGCUUGAACCAAUCCUUUGCGCUAACAAAAUCGAAUCUAGUGGGCUACAAAGGAGACAGAAUCUAUUAUACAGAUGAUAAUAUUGGAAGUCACAAGCUCUAUAUACGCUCGGGUAAUGACAUUGGUGUCUUCAACAUAGCGGACUCCAUCGUUGAACCUCUCUACUCCACACACUCUGGAUCUACAAAGCCACCGGCCGUGUGGAUUACCCCGAUGGAAUAUUAG